AGCUACUUACAUUGAAAACAAACCAUGGAAUAAAGGAAAGGGCAAAAGAAAAAAACAUCGAAUGGAGUCAGUUUAUAAAUAUGUCUUAAUUAUGAUUGAUCAAAAUAUGAAGUAUAGCUUAAGUAGGACACUAUUUAAGUAACUAACCACUAUAACCACAAUUGCAACCUUUCCAAUGCUUCCAAACUAACAUUCACUCAUUUCAUAUAUUCAUACAAAAAGCACCAUAAGUCCCUUCUCAUUUUAUUCAAUCAACAUUCAUUAGUAUAUUAAUUACUAUAUAUUUUUAAUAUGGGUUUGGAGCAAAAUUUGGUGAUGAUAAUUGUUUGUACACUUUUGGGUGUAAGUGAAAGGAGCAUGGGGUUGAAGCAUAAUUAUGGAGAAGCAUUGUCAAAGAGCAUAUUGUUCUUUGAAGGACAAAGGUCAGGGAAGUUACCACCAACACAAAGAAUGAGUUGGAGGAAAGAUUCUGCAUUUGAAGAUGGAUUUCAACUUGAUGAUGAUCGAUUCUUUGAUAAAGUUGACUUAGUUGGAGGUUACUACGAUGCUGGUGAUAACGUAAAAUUCAAUUUUCCAAUGGCAUUUUCAACAACAAUGUUAUCAUGGAGUGUAAUUGAGUUUGGAAAAUUCAUGGGCCAAUCAGAACUCAACAAUGCCCUAGAUGCUAUAGCUUGGGCCACUGAUUAUUUUCUAAAAUCCACAAAUACCCCUGGGUUUGUUUUUGCACAAGUUGGUGAUCCAUUUGGUGAUCAUAAUUGUUGGGAGAGACCUGAAGAUAUGGAUACUCCUAGAACUGCUUUUUUUGUUAGUAGUGAGAAUCCUGGCUCUGAAGUCUCUGCUGAAAUUGCUGCUGCUCUUGCUUCUUCUUCUAUUGCUUUUAGGAAAUUUGGUCAUAAUAAUGUUGGCUAUUCUCAAAGGCUUCUCCAAAGGGCUAUAACGGUUUUUGAGUUUGCAGAUAAAUACAGAGGUUCAUAUAAUGAUAGUCUUGGUCCAUAUGUUUGCCCAUUCUAUUGUGAUUAUGGUGGCUACCAGGACGAAUUGGUGUGGGGAGCAGCAUGGUUAUUGAGGGCUACUAAGAUCCCUAAUUAUUGGAAUUACAUUAAACAAAACAUUCAUAAUGUGAAAAACUUUGGUGAAUUUGGAUGGGAUUCAAAGGAUGCCGGCAUCAACGUUCUUGUUUCUAAGCUUCUAGUUAAUAAUCCAGCUUCUAAGCCUUUUACUCUCAAUGCGGACAAGUUUGUAUGUGCUGUGUUGCCUGAAUCACCUUUAGUUUCAGUCUCAUAUUCUCGAGGAGGGCUUUUAUUCAAGACUAGUGGGAGUAACAUGCAGCAUGCAACAGCAUACUCAUUUCUUUUAUUAGUUUAUGCUGGAUAUUUGAAUCAAGCAAAUAAAAAGAUUGAUUGUGGUGGUGGAGUUAUAGCUUCUUCAAUGAGACUUCAACAAUUAGCAAAAAGCCAGGUAGAUUACAUACUAGGAAGCAAUCCAUUGAGUAUGUCAUAUAUGGUUGGAUAUGGACAAAAAUUUCCUAAAAGAAUACAUCAUCGUGCAUCAUCAUUGCCUUCUAUAGAUCAACAUUCAAACCAAAUUAAUUGCAAAGGAGGAUCCUCUUAUUUUGAAAGCCAAAACCCUAACCCUAAUUUGCUCUUAGGAGCUGUUGUUGGAGGACCUAAUAUUAAUGAUGAGUAUGUUGAUUCUAGAGCUGAUUUUGUACACUCAGAACCUACAACAUACAUCAAUGCACCUCUUGUGGGUGUUUUGGCUUUUUUCAAAGCACAUUUUUCAUAGUGUUAUAUGUCUUAUGUAUUUACAUACUUUCACCAUGUAAUGUUCAUCCAACUUUUGGGUUGAGAUGUUAGAAAGGGUGUUGGACACCACACACCCUUGUAGGUACUAGGAUUGUAGGAUGAUGUAAUAGUCCAAAACACAUGUAUACAAACAUUUUCACCACAUCUUUGAUGUCUCCAUGGAACAAUUUUGAGAAUGUAAUUUAUCUAGUUUGAGAAUGGCUUAUUGAUAAAUCUAUUGGGAUUGGUGAUUGUAAACGAGCAACUUUGAGAGUAAAUCCUUUUUCUUAUAUAGUAAGAAUUCAUCAAUCACUAAUUAAAAAACACAUCUAACGUCAGAUGUAAAAUACAUUUGAUCUUAGCUUCGAAAGCGGGAUAACGAAUGGC